AUUGCGAGGACGUUCCCGCACCAGCAUAGAUACCCGCGAUUCUCCGCGAUUUUGAAUUGUUUCACCUGUCAACAGCGAAAAAACCGAGUUACGAAAUGGACAGUUUCUUUCGUAGAUUGUUUCGAUUUUUCCCGUGAUGAAGAUUGUUUUAUCGGUCGUUUGAUGUGUUUAUAUUGUUCAUCCUCGAAUGGCGUUGUAAAUUAUUAACAUUGACCGACUAUCAUUAGUGCGCGGUUUGUUUUGAUCGAUAAUAGGGAUUCCUUUUUUUCUGUUGUGGAUGUGGAAAAAUUUCGAGGUACGAGGAUAUAAGCUGGUGUUGCUUUGUUUGGUGUAACAUGGUACCCCCCGCGUCCCUACCCGCCACCUCAGACCUGCUCCCGUCACUGACGGCCCCGGACGGGUGCCAGGGCCUGACAGCGGUCACGUGCGCUCGUGCGCUUGCGCGAUGAACCGUCCCCGCCGUCGAGGAGGUGGCGGUGGAGCGGCGGUGUUGCCGGUGUUGCCGGUGCUGGUGCGCGGCGAUCGCUCAUGGCUGCGGCGCCCCUGCCCCCCACGGCGGUGCGGGUGCAUUUCGAGGUCGGGACGCGACUGGAGAGCGCCGUCUUCAAGGCCGACACGGCCCCUGAACAGAUCAAAGAUUUAUUCAGAGUAGCUGCAGAGGCAAGUCCUCGAGAUAUUCUGAAGCUGUACAACAUUGAAGGGCAGCUACUGAAUAUUAGUGCUGAUCUUCCCCCCAAUUCACAGGACAGGCCUUACACCCUUCAGGUGGUGGCCGCCAACGGCAUGGCGAUGCUUCGCGAGUCCACCGGGUCCGACCUCGAGGCGCUGGAGGCCAGAGUGUCGGCCAUUGAGCGGCAGCUGCGCUGCGAGCUGCCUCUGCCGGCCCAGGUGCACGAGCUGCAGAAGGAGGUCGACGGCUUCAAGGAGAGGCUGGAGACCAGCGAGAGUCUGAGCUGGCUUGGAUUCUACAAACAGCUGCCUGAGCCUGUUUCUAGCGAAGAAUGUCGUCGUCUUCAGUACAGACGGAAAAGCGAUUCGGUGAAGAAACGGGUGAAACAGAAUUUUGCGAAUAUUUGUGACGCUCAAGUGUCCGACAACAUCCGGCAAUGGCUGCGAACGCCGACCUUCGACGCUCGACCUUGGGAGGACGAGGAGCUGCUCCUCCUCCUCCAGCAGAUGUACCUCGAUCACGACCUCUGCUCGAAGUUCGCCAUCGACAUCACGACGCUGAGGAGCUUCCUCUACGAGGCGUACAAGAACUACAACGACGUGCCAUUCCACAAUUUCCGGCACUGCUUCUGCGUCACACAAAUGUUGUACGCUAUCUCAUGGUGCGUCGAUCUACCCUCUAAGAUCGGCGAUCUGGAGGUCCUCAUCCUCUUGACCUCCUGCAUCUGCCACGAUCUGGAUCAUCCCGGGUACAACAACAUCUACCAGAUCAAUGCCAAGACCGAGCUGGCCAUCAGGUACAACGACAUAUCGCCCUUGGAAAAUCACCAUUGCAGUGUGGCGUUCCGGUUAUUGGAGAACGAAGACUGCAACAUCUUCAAGUCGUUCUGCAGCGAUGACUUCAAGCAAGUCAGAGAGGGCAUGAUCAGGUGUAUACUGGCCACAGAUAUGGCUAGGCACAAUGAAAUACUCACCAACUUCAAAGAUAUCACUCCCACGUUCAAUUAUGAUGACAAGGCACACGUCAAUUUGUUAUGCAUGGUCCUAAUAAAAGUGUCAGACAUAUCCAACGAAGCCCGGCCUAUGGACAUCGCCGAGCCGUGGCUGGACAAGCUGCUGCAGGAGUUCUUCAAGCAGAGCGACGCGGAGAAACUGGAAGGGCUCCCUGUCACGCCCUUCAUGGACAGGGAGAAGAUCACGAAGCCGUCGUCGCAAUGCUCGUUCAUCGGGUUCGUGCUGCUGCCGCUGUUCGAGGCGCUGGGCGACCUCUUCUUGGAGCUGCAGGAUCUGAUUGUCCAGCCGGUUCGCGAUGCUCUCGACUAUUACCGACGACUCAAUGAAGCAACGAGGGAGGAGAGACUGCACCGCAAAAGCAUCGUAGAAUUAGUCGACCACCAGCACAGUCCGACGACUCAGAGCCCGGACAGCGGCAACGCCCUGUCCAAGUCCAAUUCCAGUGCCAACAUCAAGAUGAAGAAGAGCUUGAGCUUCCAACAAACCCGGUCCAGAUCCCGUUCGACUGAUGAAGAAACCACAGAGACCGAGGGCGUCGCCAUACUAGGCGAAGGCCAAAGCCUCGAGGACGUGCAAGAAGACCCCGAGAGCGGCGACUCCGAAGAAACGGCCAACGAAGUCGAAGUAUCCGAAAAGACGCUCAAGUUCAAGAUAUCCACCGAAAGCAGCCUACCAAGCACGGGCCGCAAAAGCUACCCCGGCUCCAGAAAGGGUAGCAGAGAGCGAGUCCAACAUUUGAACCAUUCGGAGAUCGCCAGAAUGGUCCAGAAGGGCAAGCUCAGGUGCGGCGGGGGGCUGAGCUUCGACCAGCACUGCCUAGUCGGCAACAAGAAGCUCUCCUUCGAUCCCCCGGAGUUCUUGAACGAGUACUCCCAGACGCUGAAGAAGAAGUUCGAAGAGAGGCUGGCCAACCAAUCCGACAACUCUGAAGACGAACAGGACGAGGGAGAGUGCGUGAUGUCUAAGGAAACCCUGAACCUCAACAAGAGAAACUCCGAGCAUUCCGAGAAGAAGAGCAUCCUCAAGGGCUUCAGCAACGCGGAGAAGCUGAAGAUGAACAACUGCUCGAGGACGACAGAAGACGCGGAAGAUGAACCGCCAAAGUGUCCGAACAAUACCAGAGAGAACAGCGUGAAGACCCAACAAAGUGACAGUGCAGUGAAGCAAGACGAAGUGCAAGUGCCAGUGUCGGUGGAAACGAAAAGUUCCCGUUCGCUCUAUUCGCGUUUCCGGUAUUUUGCGGAUCGAUUCGGCAUAUCAGCGGACUACAAAGUGAAGAACAACAACAACCACCGCCACCGCAAAGACAAGAAGCCGGUGGCGGUGGUGGAUUGCAAGAAGGCGAGCACGCUGCCGAAGACCAAGGGGGCCAACAAGAAGGGCUGGAAGGCUUUGUUGGGCAAGGGCAAGGAUUGGUCCUCCGAUGCCGAUGCGGAUAGCUUCGAAGAGGAGAACCGGUCGCUGCCGUCCACGUCGCGGAGCAACUGCGCCAGUCCGAAAUUCAGCGGUCUCAAGGGUGGCGCAACUCCACAAACUUCCCCCAGUAAGAGACACUCUUCCAGCAAAAUCGACAAGGUCAACUCCCUGAUCCAGGGCAACUCCUUGAACAAGGAGAACUCCUCGAGCAAGCAGAACUCCGUGGGCAACGACAACUCCUUGGGUAACGACAUCAACGUGGUGGACAAGUGCAUCGCCAAGUUGCAGCAGAUGGCGACUGAGGAGUCGGUGACCUUGAAGGAUUCGAUGACCUUGAAAGAGGCCGACCCCAGCCCGAUUUGACAAGAGGUGAAUCCCCCCGAGGCGGAGUGCUUCACUAGGUAUAUUUUCUGCAGAUGCUGUAAAUACGGGUCGAACGCUAGGGAAAAUGUGUAGGUUUGCAGAGUUUACAUGAGUUGGGGGAAUUUUGAGUGUGGUUUAAUUCUAAGAGGGUGAGUGACUGAGCGUCUCCAAAGCAAUUG